GGCAGCCUUGACGCCUGGCGAUACCAAAACAAACCAACAGGUUCGAAAAAUCCUGCUUUUCGCAUAGAAAACACCCCCAAAAAGUGGUGGAAAAUUAAGAAAACCCCUCCAUACAGAGGCCUAGUGUGUGAUUAUACAGAGACAUUAGUGUAUUCGUCCUGAAAGUGUGCAAUUUUUAAUGGCUGAAAAAGUGUAAACAAAGCGACGUCAAGGAUGAAGAAAUUGUCCAGUUUGGCCAAGGAAGGCCGCAUAUUCCUGGUGAAGAUGUACUAUUAUCACCACAUGAAUAUGGAGUACGUGAAGAAUGCCUACAAAUCGUCCUACAAAGGCGCAGAGUUGCCCUCGGAUGAUGCGAUUCUCGAGACUGUCGCUCUCUUCGAGACCACCGGAUCCAUUCACUUGUCCCAGGAGCUGUGCGAGGAGAUUCCCUUCGAGGCGGUGGAGGUGGAGGAGAAAUGCACCCCCAUGGAUGUGAAGGUUGAGCCUGAGGAUGAUCUCUCUUCCCCAGGCGCGAGUAAUUGCUUUCCAGAAGAGCUUUACACCAUUCCUGAGACUCUGCUGAAAGAGGAGGAUAUCAAGGAAGAGCUGCCGAAGAAGAGCACAAAGUCGAGGAAGAUGAGAACGAGAGCCAGAUCGUCGAGAGAUCAGCUGUUCUCCUGCAGCGAAUGCAAUCAGAGAUUCAAGUUCAAGUCUGUGCUGCACAAGCACAUCAUGCGACACUCGGAGAGGCGCUUCUCCUGUCCGAAGAAGUGUGGCAACAAGUUCAAAACCACCCUACACGCGAACACGCACGCCGCGGCGUGCAUCGGGAAGGUGACGGAGAACUUUCAGUGCCAGCACGCGGGCUGCGGGAAGAUCCUGAAGACGAAGAGUGGCUUCAAGAGGCACGCUCUCGUGCACAGCGAGCGCAGCUUCAUCUGCGAGUGCUGCGGCGGCAGAUUCGUGAGCAAGCGCUCGCUGGACAUUCACGCACUCACGCACACGGGCGAGAAGCCCUUCCAAUGUGAUAUUUGCUUCAAGAAGUUCACCGCCAAGGCGACGCUGAAGACGCACAUUCGCUACCACACGGGCGAGCGGCCGUUCAAGUGUGACUUCUGCGAGAACGCCUUCGUGGACAGGCAGACGAUGAUCGUGCACAGGCGCCAGCACACCGGCGAGCAGCCCUACAGUUGUCCCUACGACGACUGCACCAGGACGUUCAAGCAGAAGCAGAACCUGCGCAGCCAUCUCAAGCACAUCCACAACGUCCAGCCGAAGCCCAACGCCAAGCGAUCGCCCAAGUACUUCUAGAUCUGUCCGACAUCCAGCAAAGUUCACACCACGAGGGCGGCUUCACGGGCGAUCACGGUGCAAAAGGGGGCGCAGAUGAUCUUCUUCGACACUCCUGGUCUGGUGACGUCGCGCG